AUGUCAACCGAUAUUAAUAAUACAAAUCGUCGCCACACAUAUUAUGGUGGAAGUACUACUAUCACGAUUCCUCAUCCCAAUGUAUCCAACUCCCAUACAUUAACACAUUUAACUACAAGUCCCGAAAAUAAAAUUCAACGAAAGAAAUAUCCUUCCUUUGGUCCUUAUAUUAUAGGAUCUACAUUGGGUGAAGGUGAAUUUGGUAAAGUCAAAUUAGGUUGGACAAAGGCUAACACUACUAAUUUUGAGAUUCCAAGACAAGUAGCCAUUAAAUUGAUUAAAAGAGACACUAUCCAGAAGAAUUCAAAUAAAGAAAUUAAAAUAUAUAGAGAAAUUAAUGCAUUAAAACAAUUAAAUCAUCCGAAUAUUGUAAAAUUAGAUGAAGUAUUACAAAAUUCGAAAUAUAUUGGGAUUGUACUUGAAUAUGCUUCCGGUGGUGAAUUUUAUAAAUAUAUCCAACGAAAGAAAAGAUUAAAGGAACAACCUGCAUGUAGACUCUUUGCACAAUUGAUUAGUGGUGUUUCAUAUAUUCAUUCAAAGGGAUUAGUUCAUAGAGAUCUUAAAUUAGAAAAUUUAUUAUUAGAUAAAAAUGAAAAUUUAAUAAUAACAGAUUUUGGGUUUGUUAAUGAAUUUUUCUCAUCAAACGAAUUAAUGAACACUUCAUGUGGGUCUCCUUGUUAUGCAGCUCCAGAGUUAGUAAUAAGUACAAGACCUUACGAGGCAAGAAAGGCUGACAUUUGGUCAUGUGGUGUGAUAUUAUUUGCUAUGUUAGCAGGCUAUUUGCCUUGGGAUGAUGAUAUUGAAAAUGCAGAUGGCAAUGAUAUUGCAAGACUCUACAGAUAUAUUACACAAACAGCAUUGAAAUUUCCAGAAUAUAUUAACCCUUUACCAAGAGAUUUAUUAAGACAUAUAUUGAUUUCAGACCCAACAAAGAGAGUCAAUUCACAUUUUAUUAAAGAACACAAAUGGUUAUCAUCUCAUUUACCUUUCCUUUCCAUAACACCCGAUGAAUGGGAUAAAAUUGCAUUUUCUAAAAAUAUUUUGAGAUUACCAAAACAUAACAAUAAACAAAAUAUGAACAAUGGUAAUAACAAUAAUAACAAUACUCCUAAUAAUAACCUAAAUAAUCAUUUUAACAAGCCUCGUCCUUUAUCUGCAUGCUCUACAAGCUCUACCAAUUCAAAUGGUGAAAAGAGAGAUUCAUUAUUAAUAGAUUCAACAUUAUUGGUAUUCCCUGUUCCACCAAGAGAAUCUCAAUCACACGUACUAACUAUGUCAUCGUUACCAUCACCUGAAAGAAGACCGUCCUCUUCAAGACAUGGUCAUACGAGAAGUAACUCAGCUGCAUCAUUGGCGUUGCAAGCCGUGGUGGAUGCAGAACGUGAAUUGUUACAACAAAGACGUAGAACAAGUAGUAUCACGUCUAGCAAUAACAACAGUAAUUUUGCCAUAAAAACUGAAAGUGGUCCAUUAUCCAGAAGAUCUACAUCUUCUCAUAGUGAACGAAAUGUGAUUUAUAAUAUGAACUCACCUUCUGCUAAUUUAUCUGGUAUGAAUACAUUUGGUAUAUCGACAUCAUCAUCGUCUCAAAAUGGUGAUAGUUCUUUAAUGAAUAAAAGUAGUGCCAUUUUGGAGAGCCCGACAAAGACGUCGAAUAUUAAUCAUGAAUUGUCCAUUGAACCACGACUACAGGAUGAUCAAGCUAAGAAUACAUCAUAUUUCCAUUCACAAACAAGCAACGGACAUCGAAAAUUAAGACCAACAAGUUAUCAUCCUGGUAAUUUUUCCACGGUAUUAGAACAAAAUGGAACGAUUGUCGAUACAUGGUCUCCACCGAUGUUACGUAAAAGUAGUGGCAUGACCAUCAGAAGAGAGUUAUCACCAUUUGAAUCACCUCCUAAGUUACAAAGAGACAGUGGUGCAGCUAGAUCUGCGCAAUCCCUUGAGAUAUCCCCUAAACUAUAUCCACGUAGAUCUUUUUCCAUAAAGAGUAAAAUAUCUUUGGAUAUUGAGAGUGUCUCAGGUGACUUAAUCAAGUCCACUGGGAAUAUCGAUACCACUAUUAAGAAAUUACACGAACAAGUUGACGAAUCAGCAUUAAAACCAAUGAAUAUCAACAAUAAGGCCAUCCAAUCACCAAACAAGAGUAAUAGUAAACCGAAUGAUGAUCUUGAGGCUGAUUUACCACUAAGAAUGAGAUCAAUUGACCAUACCACUAAGAAAAGAUUUAGUUUAUUCCCAUUUUACUCAGGUUAUCAAGAUAAUCUAUCAUAUAGACAUCAGGAUGGUAAAGAAAAUAUCAUGCAUGAAUCGGUUACCAGCACUAAUAAUGAAGGUAGAAGGUCAUUAAAUCAACAUAAUCCUAGCAACAAUUCAAAACAAAGAGCAUCAAUAAUGAUAUCAUCAAUGAAUGAGUAUCACCCGUCAUUACCUACAAUGAGAGAACAUCCGGAUGAUCGUGAAGACAUUAUUCCACAUCCAACACAUCAACAUUCACAUCGUCCAUCUGCGACCAGAAAAGUCAUCAACUUCUUCAAGACGAGAAGUGUAAGAUUGUAA